AUGCAAGUUCCAUUAAUCGAUAGACUCACCGAUUUUCAAGCUGGUUUCAAUUCCUUACAAAACCCAUCUUUCCCUUCUCAAAUCACAACAAAUUCAUUCAAUGGAAUUCAAACCUUUUCAAUAGCUUUCAAUUUUUGCAAAUGGGGUGCUGUAAUUUUAGCUUUGGUUGCUACCUUCAGCAGCAUCAUAAAAAAAGUCACCAUUUUCAUCAUCCAUCUUCGUAAAAAAGCUUCUUCUCUCCCUUCAAUUUCUUUCGACGAUGGCGACGAUUUCACCUCCGACGAUGAAGAUACUGAUAACGAUGAUAUCAUUAGUUUAUCUUCAUCGUCAGAGUGUGAAGACGAGUCGCCAUCUGUCUCCAAUUCCACAAGUUUCAACGAUUUUUUUAGAAUUACCGGAAGCAGUUACGAUGUAAACGACGUGUUUCAGACACAAAACGAUGGACAUAAACGACAACGUAGUAUUGGUGAUAUUUUUUCUCUUUUAGAACUAGCUAACAGUGAAAACGUUGUUAAGCUUUGGGACAGUAUAGGAUUUGGUUUGGGUUUAGAUUUCGAUGAUUACGAGGACGGAGUUAUUUCUUCAUACGACGUUGUAACAAAACCUCACGCGCCUUCAACUUCCGUGGCAUCACCAGCUGUAGUUGUUUCGGCGGGUGAAGGCGCGCGUGGAAAUUUGGCAGUUGAGAUUUGGGACACGCGCCUCCGAAGACGGAAGCCGUCAGUUGUUGCUGAGUGGGGGCCCACGGUGGGGAACACAGUUCGCGUGGAAUCUGGCGGCGUACAGAAGGUUUAUGUCAGAGAUGACGGACGUCAACGUUUAACGGUUGGUGAUAUGAGGAAAGUUAGUGUUCCGUUAGGAAAUGUAACGGAAUCUGACGCGGAUAAUACUUGGUGGGAUGCAGAUGCUGUUAUUGUUUCGGAUGAAACUUAUGGGGAACAUUAA